CUCCACUUGGUUGUCGUGCGCGUCUCUCUCACCAGUUCCACCCGGUCUGCUCAGCUGUGCGUCACAUGUCGGAUUUUACAGCGAGUUUUUCCCCUCUUUACCCCCACCAUCACCAACAAAUUCACAACUAUCGAGUUUACACUGUUUGUUCGUUAACAACGAGUUGUUUGUACACUUGUGAUGAAGGAUUAUAAUAUGUUGUGGUGUAAGAGUGUCGAAAAAUUGGUUUAUUCAAUAUAAUUUGACGUACACAAGAGCGAUAAAAAGCGUUCGGCCAUCAGCGGCAUUGGGUAUAACCCCGGAGGCAUCGGCCAUUACCACCACCACUACCACUAUCCACAAAAGUGCGACGGUGGCGUCGUAUUACAACACCAACUACUGUAGUGGUAAACGUGAGGAACGAGGGACCCGAAGGCACCACGCGCUCUAUCCCCGGCGCAUUCUUUUCGCGUUCUUUCGUGGGUGCUAAACACUUUGAGUGGAAUUGGUGAUUGUUUUAACGGAAAUAAUCGAACGUUUAUCGAUGGUAGAUUGAUGAUUGUGGAGUUGUGGUUGUCGAGUAAAGGAGUGAGAAUUAUUAUUUGUGGAUUUAAGAAAGUGUUGAGUGAUAAAUAAUACGGUAUUAACGAUAUUUUGUCGGUUAAAUCGAAGCUCUUCGAGCUGUUGAGAACAAACGGUCGAACGGUUUGUUCGGAUAUCAUCUGUUGAUACGUAUUAUGGUGAAGUGGGAGUUGGUGAAUGAUUUUAGAGGAAAAUUGAUUUUAACGAGGUGGAUUGAGAAUGCUAAGGGCGGCGUGACGAAGCCAGACAUACCACGUUGCCGUAACGGUGAAUAUACAUUCGUGCUGCCUAGCCGGCACCGUUGGCCACCACGCGUCUGUCUGACGCUUUCAAAAAUAUAAGGAAUAAGUAAAUCUUGGAGUAACAUAUCGAAUUGAUUUUCCAAUAUUUCGAUGAAAUUUCAGUGUGAAGAGGUUUGUGAUUUUCAAUCAGUGGUGUGUGAACAAAUUUUAAUGGGACGAAAACAGAUAAUGAGGAAAGUGUUAAUGGACAAGUUUUCUAACAAUUGGAUGAAAAGUGCUGGUGUUUUAUCAAUGGUCAAUCGGGUGAUUGUUGAACUCGUGGAAUAAAUUAAUUCCAAAACAAAAAAAAUUAUUUUUUUCAGUUAAAAAGUGCUGGGCGUUGGUUGUAAUUGUGUUACCUGAUAAUUGACCACGAUAAUUGAUAACAAUGUCGACUGGCAAGCGUUUGGCAAAACGUAGUAUUAUUGGUACACGAGUUUGUGCACCGGGUAUGGACGGUAAAUAUUACAGUGGAGUUAUUCAUGCGGUUAAGACACCGGCAUCAGCAGCUAGUGACGCCGGUUUGAGUCUAACACCGUCUACACGUUAUUCUGUUCGUUUUGAUGCUGUACCAGGUGGUAGGCCACCGAGUCCAAGUACAGAGUAUUGCGAUCGUGAUCUCAUUGGGCCUGGUUUUGGUACUGUCAAUGGUGUACGAUUGAUGCCGGGACAAAAAGUUUAUCUCACGUACAGAGGCAGAGAAAUUCAGGCUGAAGUGACACAUCAUAAAGAACAUCAGGAUGAAGUUGAAGUUAAAAUUGCUGCUACUAAUGGACAAGAGGGUCCGGUGAGCCUGACAAAACGUAUCGAUGAGGUACGUCUGUUGGAGUCUCGCAAAAGUGCACGAUUGGCUGAUCAGAAAACCGAUUUCGCGAGGAUGGCUGAUAUGACUAGUGAUCGUAAACGCGUUACGUCGCACUCCAUCGAUGUACCACAUGUACCUGGAUCGAGGAAGAGGCGACCAAGCUCGAGCAACGAUUCUGAACGCUCUGACAACGGUGGAUGGACUGAGAAUAAUAAUAGUAACAGUACUAGCAACAAUAAUAUGAGGCAGGAUCAUGGGUGUGUCCGUGAUGAUGAUCGUGAUGGUUGCAUGGAUGAUUGCACAGCAGCUGUUGCACUACUCUCACUGCUCAAUUCAUCUGUCAGUCCCAAUAAUCUACCAUCACCGAUUCCCUGCGAGCCUAGUUAUGGCAAUGGAGGUACCUCCAACAGUAGCAGCAGUAGCAGUGGAGGCUCAUGGCGAAGUACCACCCCAUCACCGGGACUGUUGAGUGAAGAGGGUGCAUCACCAUCAGAGGUGUCAGCAUGGCCAUCAUCUGGUAAUAAUUUUACUGGAAGAAAUCAUGCACAUCAGGGCCGUCAUGAGAGACGUUCACCGACAAGCAUUCCGUCGGGUUCGUCUUAUGGUAGCACACCUGGAUCUACCGGUACAUUGGAUGAAACAAUGUGGUUCCCUGAUGAUGACGAUAUGCACCCCAAGAAGAAGAGUCGAACUAAAUUGAAUCGAGAAAUCAUUGUUAAUCGACGAAAGUAUACACAACCAACGCAAGGCUAUGUUUUCGAAGACUGCGGUCGACCUAAUAUACAUCCUAUGUUCCAAUGCUCCUGGAGGAAAUGCGGUGAGGUCAGGGAAACAGUUGAACAAAUGGUGGCACAUAUACGUAAUGUUCAUAAUCCACCAAUACCAGCUGAAGUUGCGUGUACCGUCCAGGAAGAGGAGUUCUACUUCGAUGUGAUAAAGGUCAUUGAAUACGUGAGUUCACCACCAACCAUGUCUCACCGGGACAUGGCAAGGCCACCUCACGAGGACCCUGAGUAUCAGAAGCAACUUGCAUUGGAAGCAGAAGCCAAAGUUGUUAAGCUUAUUGAAACACCUGCUGUCAGACCUCCACAAACAUCACUUCUGAAAAUAAGGAAUGAGGAGCAGUCCUUCACACUCUGCCCAUCAUCAUCUCCCUCAGGGGGAACUCCAGUAAAGUACCUAAAGCCAACAACAUCACAACAACGCCACAUUUUCCCACCAAGCAGUGGUCUCCUUGCAGUGUCAGCUGGUGGUAAAAUACUCUCCUCGUCUCGACGUGUCCGUGGUGAGACUAAAAAAUGCCGUAAAGUACACGGCAUGGACAGGAAGACCGAGUGGUGUAAGCAGUGUAGAUGGAAAAAGGCCUGCAGUCGUUACGGUGAUUAGGAAAAAUUAUCAGCCUGUCGUCAACGUGGGCAACCAGCCUCGCCGAGUCAAUCCCAAAGUUUGCCAGUGUUUAAAAAAAAAAAAACACCCACACACUCACAAGAAAACGAAUAUUAUAAAGCGCUAACCGCCAGAUCAACUGCCAACGUACAACAAUAAAUGAAAGAGUGAAUUUUACAGCUAAUGAGACACGAUGACAGUAAGCAUCCCAUGACGAGUGGCUGUUGUCUAUUGCUCGGGCUAUUAUUCGUCUGGCAAGCUCAAUAUUAGUGGACAGAGACAAUGCAUGGAAUUUCAUAUGUCUCUGUACAAUCGUAAGGAGUUGACCAUAUUUGGACUUAAGUGUUUUUUUUACUGUUGAUUCGUGGUAAUUAACACGUAAACGUGCUCGACUUCUGGCGAUUUGUCGUAUCCAUUUAUCGUUGAGAUUUCAAAAACAGAAGAAAACGUAAUUAAUGAAGAAAGGAAAAUCAAAGUGCAUGUAUUUUUCAUCGUCGAUUGCUGGCAUGGACGUAGUUUCUGAUAUGAGUCAAAAACUUCUCUUGAAAAGUUGGUUAAUGGGACGGGGCAGAAUGGACAGUUGAAUUUCUUUUCAAUAUUCUUAGCUUUAGAAUUAUGUAAUUUCACUAAAAGUUCGAAACUGUUCAUUUUUAACUCGAAAACAUGAUGUUUAUGGAAAUGUUUAUUCUGCUCCAGUUGUUCCCACUCUUUAAUAAAGUUGAGUUGACUUUUUUUGCCACUCACUCAACAGUGAACAGAACAAAAUUCAGGGAGUUAUUAUUUUGUGUACUAUAUUUAUUUGAUUUUAUAGUUUGAAAAAUAUUUGUAUGUUUUUUUUUGUUAAUCAAUAUGGAGUGUUCGAUUUGUCAUUGUUGCCAAUCCUAGAUUUGUUGGAUUAGAAUUUAUGAAAGAUGGAGAACAUAAGUGGCAUAUGAAUUUCGUUGAGUCUUGAUGGAGUUAAUUCUUGGAGUUAAUUCUCAAUCUAGAUGUGCGAUAUUUCCCAGUGUCGGAAACUAGGUCUAUGGAAGCGCCGGGGCGCGUAAAAAAAAUUAUUUGAUUGGGAAAGAAUUGUGAUAUUUUAAUCUAAAUUGAAUUAAGUUUUGCGAAAUUUCGGAAAAAAACAUGUUUUUUAGAUAAAAGUGAAAGAAAAAAAUGUGCAAACUCGUGGAAAUGGGAAUGAAAUUCGACGGGGCGAAAUACAAAUGAAGAAAAUAACGAAUAAAUGAAUUAAAUAAAUUAGUUAAGUUGAUAAAGAAAAGAGAUAUAUAAGGGAGAAAACAUAAAACAAUAAAAAAACAUAAGUUGUAUACACCAAUAUUCUAUACUGCCAGAGAAGAAUAAUAAAUUUACUAAAGCGAUUUUUCGUACAUCCCGGCGAUAGUUAAUCGAGAUGAUGUCUCGUGUAACGCCAAUUUUCCCAGAUACUGUCACCAAUGAGAGAUUGAAAGAAUAUUGAAUAUUUACAAAUGGCGCACACAAUAACCCAUUUACUUACUUAAAUGCUGAAUAAUUGACUUUCAUUCACAAUUCACAUUAAUUAAACAUAAUUAAUGGUAAUUAUAAUAUACACAUUUUUUUGGCUUGUAAGAGUGAAAAUCUCAAAAUAGAAAUUGUAAAUGACGACUAAAUUGUAAAUAUGUCAAUGACUAGUGAAUUAACGAGAGAGAAAGAGAAAAAAGAGAAAUUAUGAUAAUUUCGUUAAUUAAAAUUGACUGCUGAUGUCAACGAAAGAUAUUGUGAGAUAAGUUGAAUGAGAAUUUUUAAAAUAAAAUGACACUGAGAGGUAUGAUUGAACCCGGAUAGUCUCGAAAGGGUGAGGAAAUUCAAAAUUUUUCAUGAAACAAAAAAUAAAUCCCAUAUUCGUUUUCAUAUUUACUCUAACCUCAGUAUGUUUUCUAUUUGUUCGUCGUAAUUUUCAGUAUUUGGUGGGUUUUAAUUCAACCCCAAAUUGAUUGCAAAAUAAUAAAAUUAUGAAACAAGGAUCAAAACAAGAUGAUAGUAUAUGUUAGAAAUGGCGCGUGGAUAGAUAUGACAUAACAAACAAUAACCGUCCAAUUGAUUGCAUAACUGUUGUAACGAUAAAUAGACGUAACGAUUUUCAUUUUCAAUAGAUUGGUUGGAGAUAAAAAUAUGAUUAAUCAUCUUGAGAGGUGGAGGGAGAGUGAAUGAAUGAUGAAAACGAAAGGGACUGACGGUACCGUUGCACCCCUGUUUUUUUUUCAUGGGCAGAUCAAUCAUGUGCUAGUGGCCAACUUGGUUUCUAUUUUGUAAAUUGUCAGUUGUCAAUGAACAACGUAGAUUUUUAAAUUUCAUCAAGUUUCUAGUUUAGGAAAAAGUCGCAUUCAUUUGUAAAAUGAUUCUCGGUAAUUUAAUAAUUUAUGAGAGACGAUUGUUAAUAUUUUUUUUUAUAUUUUCAUUGCAAAUAUUUUCAAUAUCAAUGGGAUGUUGAAGGAUGAAUAUUUCAAUGCAAACUCGUCUCGUUCGAGUCCUCAAAUCACUCAAGGUAAUUUGCUACCUUACGAGGAUUGAUUGUCAAUAAUUUUCUUGCGUAUUCCUAGUGUAAAUAUUUUCACCAUCAAUUUCCAUCGUGUUCAAUGAUUGAAAUUUCAACGGGCAUUCGUUUUGUUUGACCCCUAAAAUAAUCGAAGGUAAUUCGAUCCUUCACGAGGAUUGACUAUUAAUAAUUUUCCUGUAUUCUCAUUGCAAAUAUUUUCAGCAUCAAUUGUCAUGUCGUUCAAGGAUUAAAAUUUCAGUGAAAUCUUGUGUCAAGUAAAUUGUCACGACGUUUAAUUCUCCCUCGUAAUUGAGUAGAAAUCAAUCGUUAUUACAUGAUUGUCCUUGCCAUGAUUUAUUAUUAUCAUACCAGGGGUGCCGCAGCAUUAACAAUCAAAGGGCAUGGAAUUGGUGAAGAUUCUCGUAACAGACUCGACUCUUAUCGAAUUAUCAAGAAUUAAUUACUAUCUGCCAACUCUUACGUGUGAAUGCUUUUUGAAAAUUUUCAUAGAAAUUCUUAAAGAAAAAAUCAUACGAUUGUAAAAUUUCUUUUUACAUUCACCAAUUUGGAACCGAAAAGCUACAUUUAUUUUGAGAAAAAUAAAAUUUUGGAAACACCACGAAGAUUUUUAUAUCUAAAUAAAAUAAUUAUUAGGAUAAUGAAAAAGGCGAGGAGUGAGGAAAAUGGGUAGUGAGGAUAUGAUUUAUUAAAAUCAUUGUUGUAUCGUACACUAAGGCGUGAAUAUCUAUGGCCGGGAUAAAUCAUACCAGAACGAUCUCAUAUCGAUUGUAAAAAUGCAAUUUUGUUCGGAGUUACGGCGGAGCGACGCUGAGUUCUAGGAUAAUUGCUGAUUACUUAAUUAAUCAAAGCAUAACAUGUAAAAAAAAAUCAACGAUUGAUACUAGAAUAACGUGUGAAUUUGUAUAUUUACGAUGCAAAUUUCGAAAACUAAUCAAAGUGAAACAAAUUGGUAAUUGACUGAGUCUAUAAGUCUCGAUUAACAGUAACUCCUGGAGCUCAAGCAGACUCACGCUCUUGCACGUAUCAGACAAAGACAUAUAAAAUAAUUAAUUCAUAAAAAGAACUAAUAAUUCUUUCUAACGAUAGUAAUUUUUAAUCUCACUGUUAUUAUUGUCAUUAUGAUAUUCGCCAUUUACGUUUUUCAUAACUAUUAAUUAAUGAUGAUGAAUUAUCAUCGUUAUCAUUCGUAACUCCAUAAUUAUCAUUGUCAUCAUUUUGAAUAUUACGUGCAUAGAUUGCAUUAUAAUCUAGUUAGUUUUAAUGAUAAUGCAAAAAUCGUUUUAGGCCAAUUUUUCGAUAAUAUGAUGUUUUCCUCGGUAUUCCAACUAUCUUUAGUUUCUAAUUGAAUAAUCACUUCCUUGAUAAUUACAAAAUUCUAUUAUUGCCGAGUUAUUUUAUGUCUUUAUACAUCUGAAAAUAUUUUAUAAAAAAAAAUAAUAAUGAGUAAGAACAAAAUGCGUCAAAUUAUUCAAUGAAAAUUUCUAUCACCCGGCCAUAUAUUUUGAACAGACAUUGACAAUUUACUAAUAAUAAAUAAUAUUCGACUGCACAACGCUACACAUCGAAAAUUAUAUUCCAAUUUUCACUUAUUUUCACCCGACUUGGAAUACCAGAGAUUCACUCGUGUUAUCACGAAAUAAUAAAACUUAAGUGAUGAAAAUGAAAAUAAAAAUGCCUCAUCUGCAUCUACCGAUGCACAUGACGCGUUCCAUCUGAAAAACAAUGAUAAUCGCUACGAUCACUGCGUUCAUCUCGACUCGAAUAAUUUUCGAAUAAAUGAACGCGUGUUAUGACAUUUUUGGGUUCUUCCGGAUCUAUACCGCGACUGAGAUUUUAAUAUUUUUAAACAAAAGUGACAACUCAAAAAAAUUGCAAAAAAAAAAAUAUAUAUAUAUAUACAUAUAUAUAAAGUAAAAUACAAAGUUUAAGCUCUAUUUGUGGAUCUCACCGCUUGUUUAUUCCUUUUUCUAGUUAUUUCCGAUGGAAAUCUAUGUGUAAAAGUAUGAAAAACCCAAGAAUCAUCUCGAGAGAUCCGUCAUUUAAGCACACAAAUGCAUAAUAAUUAUAUCAGUAUAGAUAAUUUAGAACAAUUGAUGAGAAAUAGUGAAAAAUAACGUAUUUUAUGGUAGUUAUGUGACGCCAACUCUACGGAAAAAGAGUCUUAUUAUUACAAUUAUUAUUAUGAUUAUUAUUACAAUUAUCAUUAUUAUCAUUAUUAUUAUUUGGUAAACGUUUAAACUUUUACAGAAUAGUAAGAGUAAUUCGUGUAUUAUCUAAGUAGGCCGUAAUUUUCCUAAAUGUAAUAGAUAAAAAGUGGAUAAGAGCAAUAUAUAUUUGUUAUAAGCUUGUGAGCGAAACAAAAAAAAAGAAUAGUUCGAUUCAACUAGAAAUGAUGAAAAAACGUAAAUGCGGUUGAAACAAAAGCGUAUAAAUGCAAAUUGUUUGUUAUGCCAUUGCCAGAUGAAACGCCGCCAGUAUCUUCAUCCUAUCGUUUUUCUAAGCCAUUAAAAAAAAAGUUUUAAUGAAUAAAAAUUGGCUAAUUUGUGGUUUUUUUUUCAGUUUCGCAAUCAGCACAUAUACUAUUGCUACCAUUUAAUGAAGUUAUUUAUAAUUUUCUUUGAUUUCUUUUUUCGUUCCUGAAAAUAUCCCAAAUACAAAAUAUUUAGCAGUAUUUCUGUCGUCUCCUCGUCAUAAUUAUUAUCAAUUACCCCUGAAAUAACAAUAUUUCCUAAAAUUAAUGAAAUUAUAAUAUCAGUAAAUACUAAGUUGUAAACAAAACAGAGAAUAAAUAAUACGAAAAUUUAUUUUUUUGUUCUUUGGAAAAUUGAAUAUUGAGAAAAAGAAAAAUCAACCAUUCGAACUGAACAUUUUUUUAUAAUAGAGAGAUAGUGAUAAAUGAUGAGUAAUUUUAUAUAUUUACCAUUGUUCAUGGCAAUGAUUGAGUGCACGAAGAGACGAUAUGUACUGCACCUGACGAUAAUGGAAAUAAUACAGGAUAUACAAAUGAAAUAAAAGAAAUGAGAGAGAACAAAAGAAACCACUAACGUCACGAUUAACAUUAAUCGGUAGAUAUAUAUUGAUUAACAUUAAACAUUAUAUUUUAUUAAUUAUUAUUAUGGUUAUUAUUAUAUAUAUAUACAUAUAUACAUAACCUACAUAUAAAUAUAUACUUAUACAAGUAUCAUGUUAUACAGAAUAUAUGUUAUUACGAAAUUCUUCAAUA